AGAUUUGAAGUGUUUGAGUUUUUUAUUGGAAUUGUUUCCAUUGUAUUUCAAUUAAUUUAACAUGUUGUUUGAUAGGUUUCUUUGUUUAACAACCUCAUACACACCCAGUUUCAGUUAUAUAUUUUUAGUUUAGUUAUUAACUUUCCUUCGCUCUUAAGCCUAUGUCAGAAUGGAGAUUGGUUGAUUUAAAUUUAAAUUUAAACUUUUUAAAUUAGAUAUCAUUUAAUUCUUAUAUUUUGUUUACUAUUUUUGUUUGAAAACAGUCUGAAUUUCCCAAAUUCAAUUUAUUUGUAUAAACAAUAACAUUUUAAAUUUCGGAUACUGUUUAGUAUUGAAAUGCAGACGCAUCUUGUUUGCAUUUUCCUGUUCGGCUGUUCCCGCUGUCAACUAUAAUAUAAUGCCUUUUUUUUAUUUUAGAUUCUAAUUGGAUUUUAAUUAUUCGAAAGUGACUAUUGAUUUCGUUUAAUUGGAAAUAUGGGACGUAAGAAAUUGUGUUAAAGCAUCGAAGAACAAAAUGCUUGAGUUAAGAAGUACAAUGAUAGUCGAAGAAAAGAGGUUCGAAUAACUCAGGAGACGGUUCUAAAAAGAAAAGUUCUGAAAUUUCUGUGACUAAAAUUAUGAAGCAAAAAAGAGAUGAAAAUUGUUCUCAGUGCCCAGAGAUCCACUAUCAACCAGCUGAUUCAUUUGAUGUUGAACCAAAUUUCAACCAAACUAUACCCCAAUUCCUGCAAAGCGCUCUUGAAAGUUUUGCUGUUUUAGAACAAAAUAUUGGACUGUCUAGUGAAAUGAUGAAAUCAGCUAAUGACCGGCUGGACAAAAUGAAGAAGGACAAAAGAGCAAAUAUGGAUGAAAAUGAAGAUGAUGUGUCAGAAAGUAAUGCAGAUCCAAAUGUGUGAAGUAAUGAAAAACCCAUGCACUUAUGCUUGGGUGCUUUUAGUGAUAGACAGAUACCUACCAUCAGAGGCCCUUUUUCUGCAGCUUCAACCAAAAGGAAAAUAAAAAAGAUGCGGGAUUUGGCUGAAGAACUCAGCAUUCAUGCAAAAGUUCAAACCAUCUUAUGCUAUGUAGCACCAAACAAAAAAAAUCCAACCAGAUUUUUAGAAUCUUUUGGAGAACAUGCUGAUUGGUUCUUGUAUUCCACAAAGCUGGGAGAACAAGUUCACUCGACAUUAGAUAAAGCUAGUAAAACAUGGAUUGGACCUUAUUCUGGGAAAAAACCUGAAAAGAAAAAUGUUACGAAGAAAACCAUGGAUUCAGUCAUUGAUGAAAAUGACCAAAUUACCACAGAAAUAGCAAGAAAUGCAGUAAAUAUUGCUGUAAAAAAGGCAGCUACAAUGAAAAGGCUGAAAUUGCUGGAAGAACAGAGAAAAAACAAGAAUCAGAAGUUAGCUUCUGUGAAACCCAAAAAAGCCUAUGAACAAAAAAUCAAAUCCAGUUCAAGGUCUAGUUAAUUGUUCUCCCCCUCCAAAGUUGAUUCCGAAAAGCUCUGAAUGUUUACCAUCAACACCAAAUAAUGGCAGAUCAUCCCAGUCUUUCACUCCCCAGAAAAUUUGUUCUUCCAAUCUUUCAGUCAGUUUAGUGAAGGACCGAAUCAAUAAAGAUCCCAUUCAUGAACAAGA